GAACACCGACCCGAGAAUGCUUCCGAUAGGAGACGGAUUUGGCUGUUUCUCUGUCGUGUUCCUGGUUUUGUUGCUGGGGACCAGAAGUCCGCUAUGUUCCACCGUGCUAACCGCCUCUGUCUACCUCUUUUUGCUAAUGUUCCGGUACCAGCCAGUUCCUGUAUCCCGGACCAGGCAGGUCCUGCGGCCCGGCAGAAGAGUAGCCGGUAUCGGUAUCUCUGUCAUUGCACACCGCGGAGGGGCACAUGACGCCCCUGAAAAUACCCUGGCUGCAAUCCGGAAGGCCAGUGAGAAUGGAGCCACAGGAGUGGAGCUGGACUUGGAGUUCACUGCAGACGGUGUCGCCAUCCUGAUGCAUGACAGCACUGUGGACCGCACAACCAAUGGGACAGGACCACUCAGUCAUCUGACUUACACAGACAUUCUAAAGCUGGAUGCAGCAGCCAAGCAUCGGCUUUGGAACAUUUAUCAUGGGGAGAAAGUGCCGACACUGGAGGAAGCAAUAGAGGAGUCUCUCCGGAACCAGCUCACUAUUUACUUUGAUGUCAAAGGGCAUGCUGACGAGGCUGCUGCUGCCCUGAAGAAGAUGUACCAGAAAUAUCCCACACUCUACAACAGCAGCAUUGUCUGCUCUUUUGAACCUAAGGUCAUCUACAAAAUGCGUCAGGCUGACCCGUCCGUGGUGACAGCCCUCACUCACCGGCCCUGGAGCCUGAGUCACCUGGGGGACGGGACGCCCCGCUUCAACUCCCUCUCGAAGCACUACUGGUUCAUGCUGCUGGACGUCCUGCUGGACUGGAGUCACCACAGCCUGCUGUGGAACCUGUGUGGGGUCUCUGCCUUCAUCAUGCAGAAGAAUUACAUCUCCCCAGAGUAUGUGCGUUUCUGGGAAUCCCGAGGAGUUGAAGUUGUGGGCUGGACGAUCAAUAACUUGGCAGAAAAGGAAUAUUACCAGAAUGUCCUGGGGUGCGGCUACAUCACAGACAGUCUGUUGGAAGACUGUGAGCCCCAUUACUGACCAAGGGGGUGACCCUAGACUUCAGCCCCCACGUCACUCAGAUACCACUCACAUUAACAGUGUAGAUCAUGUUGCAUCUCACCAGAACCCAGUGUUCUGUUGUAUUUUAAUAGAUUUUUUUUCUGGUUUCAUUUUUUAAAUAUUUCUUACCAAUUUGGUCAAUGUAAUGUUCAAUGUUAUUAUCACUUCAUAUGGCUGUAUGCUGUAAUCGGCUUUUGCAGCAGAUAAUGCUUACAAUGCUGAUAGCUGCAGUACUUCCAAAUCAGCUGCCAGAUCAUUUUUUCAUUCAACCAUUUAAACUUAUUUGAAAUGUUAUUUGAAAAGCCAUCACACGAAUUUUUGAAAAAAACAAAACAACAAAAAAAGGGUGCUGCUCUUUUUAAUUUAUAUUUUUGCUGCUUGAGCUUCAACAGACUUGAAGAUGUUCUCUAUAAGCUCCCAUUACAGCAUGUAUGGAACACAAGGGUAGGAAGUGUGUGUCCCUACACCUGAAGUUUCGUUUUGGGAAUGUAAGCAACAAGGUUUGCAUUCUGAUAAUCUUGAGUGCACAGAAGGCUAAACUAAAAUGUAAUAUUAUUAUUUAAAUUGUAGUUCAUAAUUUUAUCAGCAAGGAGAUGAUAUUUGGAUUAUUAAAGAAGGUUUGGAAGGAAUGUCUAAAAAAAAAAGAUCACUUUCCUGUUUUUUGUGCUCAAAGUUGAUGUAUCAUUUUGUAUUUUAACAUUCAUUCGAGGUUGUAGACUUGUAGCAAUCCAAACUGAAUUAAUUUGGAAUCGUUUUGUCUUUCAUAACAUGCUUUUAAUUCUUUUAUCAUAAAAUCUCAGGUAAAAUAUUUUACUUAGAAAAGUUUGUGCAAGGUGUAAGUCCAAAAGUUCAACAGCUCAUUCAUUCACUGCAUCAGCAGUAACAUAGUAAAGCAUAUCAAAACAUCAUUAAACAUUAACAAGCAAGCACACUGUAUUAUACUCAUAAAACCUCAAUGCUCCCAGUGCAAUUAUCAAUCCCUAUCAAGUGCUGUUUGAAACACAGGCCAUAACACUGUUAAUAGGGUGUAAGACUAACAUGGAUGGCCCAGAUUCAAUACAAUUGAGUGAGGCUGCAAGGUGUUAUAUUGGGUGGGAGGAAAAAUGUAUGAAAGUCCUCGUCUUUGAGAUUAUUUGGACACCAGGAAACCAAUCACCUAUCUGCUCUCUCUCAAAGUCUGCCUGACCUGUGGUCUUGACUGAAACUGACAUGCAACAGAUGCCACUUUUUCUGUAUUACAAAAUACAUGAAUACAAUCACCAAUUACUUUAAGCAUAGAUACAUGGAAUCAGAGUAAAACUAAAGAGACUGUCGAGACA